AUGUCGGCCGCCGUGGCGUGCCUGGACUACUUCGCCGCCGAGUGCCUGGUGUCCAUGUCCGCGGGCGCCGUGGUUCACCGCCGCCCGCCGGACCCCGAGGGCGCGGGCGGAGCCGCAGGCUCGGAGGUGGGUGCGGCGCCGCCGGAGUCCGCUCUGCCGGGUCCGGGGCCACCGGGGCCCGCGUCGGUCCCCCCGUUCCCCCAGGUCCCCGCCCCCAGCCCCGGCGCGGGCGGUGCCGCGCCCCACCUGCUGGCUGCAGGCGUGUGGGCAGACUCGCGCGGCAGCUCUGAAGAGGACUCCCGGGAGAGCUCGGGGGAAACUCUACGCGCCUCGUCCGGCGUCUCCGACCCGACCCCGUGCUCCGUCCAGACCCAGUGCUCCGAGCCGGCUCCCGCCUCCUGCGCUGCAGCGGUCUGCGCUCCCGAGAGUUCCUCCGGUGCACCCGCCGUCCGGAGCGCGCGUGCCACCGCGAGCGCGCCUGCAGCCUCUGGCGGGGUCUCUCACGGGGCCCUAGGGGCCGGCCCCGUCCCCGCCACGAAUCAGGUGCCCCGCAGGAGGCCUGUCACACCUGCUGCCAAGCGCCACCAGUGCCCCUUCCCGGGCUGCAACAAAGCCUAUUACAAGUCAUCGCACCUCAAGUCCCACCAGCGUACCCACACGGGUGAGCGCCCUUUCUCCUGCGACUGGCUCGACUGCGACAAGAAGUUUACGCGUUCCGACGAGCUGGCCCGCCACUACAGGACGCACACGGGCGAGAAACGCUUCUCCUGCCCCCUCUGCCCCAAGCAGUUCUCCCGGAGCGACCACCUGACCAAGCACGCUCGCCGCCACCCAACCUAUCAUCCUGACAUGAUCGAGUACCGGGGGCGUCGUCGCACUCCCCGAGUCGACCCGCCACUCACCAGCGAGGUGGAAAGCCCCGCCUCCAGCUCCGGCCCCGGCCAGGCGCCCAGCUUCACCACCUGCCUGUAGGACAGUUGUUGCUGUCAGUCGUACCCUCAAGGAUGAUCCCCCAGCUGUUGUCCCUGCCUUCUCUCUGCCCAUCCCUCUUUCCCAGAGUCAUUACACCAAGGCACAGAACUGGUUCCUCUGCUCUGAGGGUGGGUCCAGGGAGACGUGUGGACUCUGGGGAGGUACUGGGGGCUGGAAAAUAGCGGGAAUUCUUGCAACGCUUAUAUCAUCCUAAAAGUGGGGAUUGCCUCCUCAAGACAGCCCCCAGGAACUGAUAAGAAGGGAUGAACUCUGGUACUCUCCAGAGUACUGAAGAUUCUCCCCUCCCUGGAACCAGGGAUGUGAAACUGGAAUUCUCAGAUGCCUGAGGAGCUCCCAGUCUCAAAGGACUCUGGUGUCUCACCCACCCACCAGGGCGGACCUUGGAGAGGGUGUCAGGGGUGGCAGUCUUGGAAAUGUCCAGGACUGGGAUGGUGAGAGGCCUUUGAAACAGAAAUGAUUUCUAUUUCUGUAAACA